AUGAUGACGCACAUGCUCACAGGCGUCAUCGACCCCGCGGGCACGACGGCGCAGCAACCCCUGCUGGUCAUGCGGGGGAUGCAGCUGUUGUCACCGAUCCGGCACGCCAUCGAGGGCCUCUGCGUCCUCGAGCUUAAGGGCACCAGGCUGGCGUUCAGCGCCGCCGACGCCCCGCGGAUGGGCGGCCUGGCGCUCGUCAGGACUGGGGACGAGGUGCUGAUGCGCCUCGGGAUCGUCAGCUCCUUCGACGUGUGCAUGCGGUGGCUGGGUGCGCUCGCCUGCCUCCACCUGCUGGGGGCCGCGGUGGCACUGGUCCUGACGCGCCCGCGCUUCGCACGAGCCAGGAGCGCUUUGGACGGUGCAGUACUCGUUCCUGUGACCGGCGGUGGCGAUGCCAAGUAG